ACAUUGCUCCUAGCAAUAGAAUAAAGAUAAAAAAACAAUUGAAAUACACAAUUCGAAAUAGUACAAUACUAGUAGUAACGAGAAUGGCAAAUGUUGAGGAAGGCGCGGGAACACAAUGGGGUGGAAUGGGGCCAUGGGGAUUACUAUGGAAUGACAAUAUGAAGAUGAUAAGAUAAAAGUGAAGAUGUGAGAGUUUGAAAAGACGAGGAGAGGGUUGAAGUGGCAUGGAUUUUAUUACUCCAUCCAUUCCACAAAACUCAUAUAUUUGGAAUGUUAAAUUUAAAUGCACAAUUGAUAAUUAAGUGCGAGGGAUGAAAAAAGGCUAUAUGAGCAUGUUUAUUUAUCAUGAUUCAGUCAAUUCACUACCUACAACCCACCUUUAAAUCCUUGUCCUCCCAAUUCCCAUCAUCAUCCAAACAAGCCUUCCAAUUGUUCGAUGUUUUGACCUCUGCAACAAAAUAGCGACUAACAAUGGCGGUCGAAGUCCUCCCCGACAGCCCGAGCGCCGAGAUCAGCCCUCGCAUCUCAUUCUCCCACGAUCUCCUAAACGACGCCGUUCCAAUCGAGCACUACGUCCCUUCCUCUUCCUCCUCCAGCAUCGACUUCGACUUCUGCGUUUUCCGCGAGAGCUUCGACCACGAAUCCUCCUCCGCGGACGAGCUCUUCUCCGACGGCAAAAUCCUCCCGAUCGAAAUCAAAAAGCGAUCCUCAUCGUCGAUUGUCAGAUCGGCGGCGCCUCCGCUUCCUCCGCCGCCGCGGAUGAAUCCGAUAAUUUCAGGUUCGGAGAGGCAGAAUCAGAGGGCGGCCGCGACGACGACGUCGUUUUGGCCGUUCAAGCGGAGCGCGAGCUUGAACUGCGGCAGCGGGUACGCGAGGACGUUGUGCCCGCUGCCGCUUCUGUCGCGCAGCAACUCGACCGGAUCCACGGCUAGCGUGAAGCGGAGUAAUCAGAAGCAGAAUUUUCAGAAUUACUCGUUGCCAAACAGCGUCUUAAAGGAGUUUCCGUCAAGUAACUACCAUAAGCCGUCGGUGAAGAAGGUCGGCUACUCUCCGUACAAUGGCGCCGUUAAAGUUAACCCCGUUUUGAACGUUCCCUCUGCGAAUCUGUUUGGGUUGGGUUCUAUAUUUUCCGGUGGAAGGGAAAAGGGCAAGAAGAAGGGAUUCUUUUCAAUUUAGAUUUUAAUAAUUUUUCCAUGCUUUAGCACAAAAGAAAAACUAUUAAAAAAAAUAAAAUGUUUAAUUAGGAAAAACGGGAUUUGCAUAUUUACCGGUGAAAUUUGUCAUAGAAAUUGGCUGCUUUUUUAAUCUUCUUUUUCCUGCACAUUAUUGUCAUUUUAGUUGUAUAUUCUCAUUAGUCUUGCUUAAGAGUUAAAACUAGGAGUUUAUGCUCAGUUGGGUUCGAUCAGGUGAUUCGAUCUUAACGUAUUUAUUUCAUGUUCGGUUUUUGAGAUUGAAAUUCACAACAUAAUUUGGGAUGGUCAAUCACAUAAUAAAGAAU